AUGUCGUCGCUGACAAAGGCCCUGUCUCCGACAAUCAGAGAAAUCCGUCUCCUCUGCUCCCAGUCAGGCCCCGCAUCUGCUGGUAUACGUCAGUUUAUUCAAACCGCGUACCCGACGUUGAAACAGCACAAUCCGCAUCUGCCAGUCCUAAUCCGAGAGGCAAGUGGCACACCCGCAAGAGCUUUCGCCCGCUUUGAAUAUGGCGUAGAGAAACAUGUAGAACUAGACAACCUCUCUGCCAAAGAUGUCGAACAGAAAAUAUCCCAGCUCCUCUCAUCGUCGUAG